AAUGAAGGAGAGAAUAUGACAGAAAAUUGCAUCAAAAUUCAAAAUACACUGUAGCAUAUGAACAAGAAUGUCAAUAUCAUGAGACCAGCUUCAACAUUAUGGGAGAUUUUAUAAAGUUUUUCUGAAGAAAACAAGUUUUGCUUCCUUUGUUGGGGGAGUUUGAGAGUGAAACAUGGCAUCAAACCAGAAGUUCAGAGAUCUUCAAUGGGUUCUGCAGGCUUUUGAAUCUGAAAGCCUUAACCUACACAGCAUUUCCUUCUACCUUUCUCAACCUGUUUCUGGCUGUUAUCAAGAAACAGAAAAUUCCAUGAACAUAAACAUUUCCACAGAUUGCCUUGAAUACUUCUCCCUCAUUCUUAUAAUGCUAGGACCAGCCCAAAACACCUUGUUGUCUCUUAGAAAUUUGGAGUUUCACAGUGUUGAAUGGGAAUUACAACAAGUUCAGAAUCUUGGAGAGUUGUUAGACAGUAACUUGAACAUCAAGCAACUCAUGUUCCGGAGGAACAGAUUCAAUGCAGAUUGCUUAUCAGAGUUUUCUGAUAUUUUGAAGAGAAAUGGAGCUAUCAAAGAGGUUAUGUUUUCUGAAUCACAUAUUGGGACUAUAGGUGCUACAUUUCUUGCUUCAGCUCUUAAGGUGAAUGAUAGCUUGGAAGAGUUACAGAUAUGGGAAGACUCAAUUGGAUCAAAAGGUGCUGAGGAGCUUUCAAAGAUGAUUGAAGCAAACUCAAUGCUGAAGCUUUUGACAAUUUUCGACUCAAGCUCGAUCACAGCGACCCCCCUUAUAUCUGCUGUUUUAGCAAGGAAUAGAGCCGUGGAAGUCCAUGUAUGGAGUGGAGAAAGUGGAGAUAAAAGUUCCAAGGUGGUUGAGUUUGUGCCUGACAAUAGCACACUUAGAAUUUACAGGAUCGAUGUUUCGGGUGCUUGCCGGGUUGCUUGUGCUCUUGGUUUGAAUUCAACUGUUACAUCAUUUGAUAUGAGUGGAGUACGGCUGAAAUCCCGGUGGGCUAAGGAAUUUCGGUGGGUUUUGGAGCAGAAUCAAAGCCUGAAAGAGGUAACCUUGUCAAAAACUUGCCUUAAAGACAAGGGAGUUGUGUAUGUAGCAGCUGGACUAUUCAAGAACAGGCAUUUGGAACGCUUGCAUCUUGAUGGAAACUGGUUCAGUGGGGUAGGUGUGGAGCAUCUACUCUGCCCUUUGAGCAGGUUCUCAGCUUUGCAAUUCCAAGCCAACAUUACACUAAGGUCUCUGACCUUUGGAGGUAGUAGAACAAAAAUAGGAAGAGAUGGUCUUGCAGCCAUUUUGCAGAUGUUAACAACAAAUGAAACUUUAACUCGGCUAGCAAUUGUUGAUGAUCAGAGUAUGAGACCAGAUGAUUUUUUCAGAAUCUUCAAGAGUUUAGAGAAGAAUGCCAGUUUGAGGUGCUUGUCUUUACAAGGUUGCAAAGGUGUUAGAGGGGAGAGGGUGUUGCAGGCAAUAAUGGAGACAGUACAAAUAAAUCCUUGGAUCGAAGAUAUUGAUCUUGCUAGAACACCACUGCAUAGUACUGGGAAGGCAGAUGCAAUUUAUCAAAGGUUGGGUCAGAAUGGGAAGACUGAACCUGAACCUGAAAAUGAUUUGCUCAAGGAUAUGCCACUUACUGAGCCAAAGAGCUGCAGGGUAUUCUUCUGUGGCCAAGAGUAUGCCGGUAAGACAACACUUUGCAAUUCAAUAUCACAGAAUUUCUCUACUUCAAAGCUUCCCUACAUUGAACAAGUGAGGACCCUAGUAAAUCCAGUUGAACAAGCUGUUAGAACGGUUGGGAUGAAGAUAAAGACUUUCAAAGAUGAAGACACAAAGAUAUCAAUAUGGAAUCUUGCCGGUCAGCAUGAGUUCUAUUCUCUUCAUGAUCUCAUGUUUCCGGGGCAUGGGAGUGCAUCAUUUUUCCUCAUCAUAUCGAGUUUAUUCAGGAAACCAAGCAACAGAGAACAAAAGACUCCAAUGGAGAUUGAAGAGGACCUUCAAUAUUGGCUCAGGUUUAUUGUUUCCAACUCAAAAAGGGCGGUCCAGCAGUGCAUGCUACCGAAUGUAGCAGUAGUCCUCACACACUAUGACAAAGUCAAUCAAACAUCCCAGAACUUGCAGGCCACGGUGAAUUCAAUACAAAAAUUAAGAGACAAGUUUAAUGGCUAUGUUGAUUUCUAUCCAACUGUGUUUACUGUUGAUGCAAGAUCAUCUGCUUCAGUCAGUAAACUCACCCAUCACAUUCAAAAAACAAGCAAGACUGUUCUACAAAGAGUUCCUCGGGUUUAUCAGCUUUGCAAUGAUCUUAUACAAAUUUUAUCUGAUUGGAGAUCAGAGAACUAUAACAAGCCAGCUAUGAAGUGGAAAGAGUUUGCUGAGCUAUGCCAGGUUAAAGUCCCACCUCUUAGGAUUCGCUCUCGACAUGAUAAUAAGGAGAAAAUCGAAAUGAGGAGGAGGGCUGUUGCUACUUGUCUUCACCAUAUUGGUGAGGUGAUAUAUUUUGAUGAAUUAGGCUUCCUAAUUUUGGAUUGUGAGUGGUUUUGUGGUGAAGUGCUCAGUCAACUGAUAAAAUUAGAGGUUAGAAGGCAAACCUCAGCAGAGAAUGGAUUCAUCAGCAGGAAAGAGUUGGAGAAGAUUCUAAGAGGAAGUUUACAAAGCCAUAUUCCAGGAAUGGGUUCUAAGGUGUUUGAGAACUUAGAGGCCAAUGACCUUGUAAAAAUGAUGAUGAAGCUUGAACUAUGCUAUGAACAAGACCCAUCUGAUCCAAAUUCUCUGCUAUUGAUUCCCUCGAUUCUUGAAGAAGGCAGAGGAAAACCGCAGAGAUGGCAGUUAAGCAGUGCUGAUUGCCUUUAUGCAGGGAGACAUCUUCAGUGUGAUGAUUCAAGCCAUAUGUUUCUUACACCAGGCUUCUUUCCACGUUUACAGGUGCACCUUCAUAAUAGAUUCAUGGCAUUGAAGAACCAGCAUGGAGCUACUUAUAGCCUUGAGAAAUACCUCAUUUCUAUAAAUAUCAAUGGUAUCCAUAUCAGAGUAGAGCUUGGAGGACAGUUGGGUUACUACAUUGACAUCCUUGCCUGCUCCACCAAGAACCUGACAGAAACACUCAGGCUUAUCCAACAGCUCAUAGUUCCAGCAAUUCAAAGCCUCUGCCAUGGUGUAACUUUGAUUGAAAAUAUCAUGAGGCCAGAAUGUGUGCAAAACCUGAUUCCUCCAAGGUACAGGAAAUCCCAAUUUGUGACUCUUCAACAGCUUAAACAAGCAUUACUUUCAGUUCCAGCUGAAAGCAUGUACGAUUAUCAGCACACCUGGGAUUCAGUGUCAGAUUCAGGCAGAUCAAUUCUUAGAGCUGGUUUUGAUUUAGCUCGAGACCUACUAUCAGAUGAUGAUUUCCGGGAAGUACUGCACCGAAGAUAUCAUGACCUGUACAACCUUGCCGUGGAACUGCAAGUUCCUCCAGAAAAUAAUCCAGAUGAAGCAGAGAAUUCUUUGUCCAAUGCUGUUGAAAAUGACAAAGUUGAUCCUUCUUUUGGCGGAAUAGCCAAGGGAGUGGAAACAGUGUUGCAGAGAUUAAAGAUCAUUGAACAAGAAAUAAGAGAUCUGAAACAGGAGAUUCAGGGACUGAGAUAUUAUGAGCAGAGACUUCUAAUUGAGCUUCAUCGCAAAGUGAACUACCUCGUGAACUUUAAUGUUCAAAUCGAAGGGCGGAGAGUACCCAACAUGUUCUAUUUUGUGAGAACAGAAAACUACUCGAGGAGAUUGGUAACCACCAUCAUUUCUGGCAUGACUGCUCUUCGGCUGCACAUGUUGUGUGAAUUCAGGAGAGAAAUGCAUGUUGUUGAAGAUCAGGUUGGUUGUGAAGUAAUGCACAUUGAUAACACAACUGUAAAGUGCUUAGCUCCAUACAUGACAAAGUUCAUGAAACUAGUAACAUUUGCCCUCAAAAUUGGUGCACAUUUAGCAGCCGGGAUGGGAAAUAUGAUACCAGAUUUAAGCAGGGAAGUUGCCCAUCUCGCUGACUCUUCCCUAAUGUAUGGAGCAGCAGGAGCAGUUGCUGCUGGAGCUGCUGGAACUGCAGCAAUGGGACGAAUAAAUGGAAUCCGAAACAGAAACAAGACUGGAGAUAUUCAGCAAGAUCUAAGAUCAGCACAACAAUGGGUAGUGGACUUUUUAAGGGACAGGAGGUGCUCAACUGGAAAGGAUAUUGCUGAUAAAUUUGGGCUAUGGAGGGUGAGAUAUAGGGAUGAUGGACAUAUUGCAUGGAUCUGCAGAAGGCACAUGACCAUCAGAGCAAAUGAAAUCAUUGAAGUACCUAUUUAAAAUUUGCUCAUGUACAUGGAAUAAAAUGGUUUCUUAUUUUUUAUCUAGUUAUCCCUCAACUUCUUUUCUGAUUGUUCUGAAAAACUAGUUUUCUCUCACUUUGAGGAUUGAGUCAAUAAAUUGUAAUCCCUUGUUUAAGCUAUAAUAACUUCAAUGUUACACAGCACUUCAGCAUAUUAGAAUGACAAAACUGAUUAGCUUCCUUAAAUUUCAAAGAAACCUGUAAGCACAUUUUAUGAUGGAAAAUGUAAAGCAAAUUUAAGUUCAGUGAUAUCUUGAAUCUAAUUAUACAGAACAGGCAAAAGCAAAAUUUUGGAUGGUUUGCCCUUUUUGCCUCCAAUCACCAUGUGAAAGUGGGACCAAUUAUCAAUCUGAUUACAUGCAUAAUCAGACUGUCGUUAGAUAGAUG